AUGGCAAUGAAAAUUUUGUAUGAUAGGGAUUUAAAUCCAAAGCAUAUUGACUAUUUCAUUAUCAAGUACACAUCACAUUCAAAUUUGAGUAAUAAUAACAAGAGGAAAGAAGAAGAAGUAGAAGAAGAAGAAGAAGGUAGAGACAGUCUUUGUUAUGCAUUUACCACGGUAAACAAUAACAAUAGCAACAGUAAUAGCAAUAGCAAUCAUAAUGGUAUCAAUAUAGAUUCAACUUUGGUGGCAUCUUCACUUUCAUUCGGACACGAUUUGAAUGCAGCAGCUAUUCACAAUAACAACAACAACAACAACAACCAUAGUACAAAUGGAAUCAAUGGAUAUAGUACUCAUUUAAUAAAUACAAACAAUAUAAAUGGAUUGAAUAGUAGAUGCUAUCCAACAAUCGGUAGCGCUAGUAGUGGUAUAAAUAUUGGUGGAAAUAAUAACAACAACAAUAGUAGUAGUAUAAGCAACAGUUGUAAUAGUCCUCAUAUAUUUAAUCAAAAACAACAAACUAUACAGCAACAACACUCACCUAAAAGUCAGAGAAUCAACCCUCCCAUUGUAAAUAACGAAAUAGAUUCACAACAACAACAACAACUUAAUAAUAAUAAUUUUAAUCAAUCAAGUAUAUAUAAUUGUAAUAGUAGUAGCAGCAGCAAUAAUAAUAGUAAUAACAAUAAUAAUAAUAGUAAUUUAUAUUCAGCUUACGAUAUUGGACUAAUACCUGCAUUGAUUGUGAGUAAUAAUAAUAAUAAUAAUAACAAUAAUAAUGGUAUGAAUAAGAGUGGAGGAAGCAGUGAAACUACGCCAGUGUCUUCUGUAGACGAUACAAUAUGCAGCAACAACAACAAUAAUAAUAGUAGUAGUGGCACAGGCAGCGUUAACAAUAAUAAUAAUAGUUGUAAUUUAAUGAAUAAUAAUAAUAAUAAUAGAGCGAAUUAUAAUAAUAAUAAUAAUAAUAAUGGUAUACCUACUACAUCUUCAAAUGUGGUAUCAUCGCCCGUUGUCAAAGUAGUGGAGACCACAACCAUUUCCACCUCUUUUACACAGCCACAACAACUAUCUCAACAACAACCUCAACCUCUGCAACAACAACAGCAAUCACUACAUCCACUACAACAGCAGCAACAACAACAACAGAUACUACAACAACAACUGCAACAACUCCAACAACAUUUACCGCCACACCAAUCAACUUCGCCAAUUUCACAACCAAUAUUGCCCGAUCUUCCCGAUAUGAUCUCGCUGCAUCCUGUCAUUAUUAAUUAUCUCUAUAUAUCUGCAUCUCAGAUCCACAAGAAUCUAGGUGUUUUAUGUGAUUUUAUGGAGCAAUCUAGUGAUGGAACAAGAAUUGGAACUAUUGGUAUCGGUAAUCAACAACAGCAACAACAGCAGCAACAGCAGCAACAGCAGCAUUUCACUACUGCACAGCAAAGACUACCUAUUUAUCCAUCGUCUAAAUUCGAUAAUUUACCACCACCACAACUACCACACCAACCUCAACUGCAACCACAACUUCAACCACUUCAACAACAGCAAUUACAACAACCUGGUUUACAAUCGAAAAUAACACAGAUGCAACAACAACAGAUGAUUCAACAGUAUCUUCAACAACAACAACAACAACAAACUAUACAGCAACAACAACAUCAACAGAUUUCACACCAUUUGCAACAGCAGCAACAACAACAACAAUUCCAACAAGGUGUAUCAUCUCCUCAGUCGUCUCAACAAAUGUUGUCACAGCUCAAUAUUUCAGUAUCGUCGCCGUCUUCCGCUCCCCAAAAUCUUUCACCUUCACACUCACCGCAGCAAACAACACUGCAGUCACAGAAACAAUACUCACCACAAUCUGUCUCGUCACAGGCAGCAACGCUACCUGUACAACAACAACAACAACAACAACAACAACCACCAACCAUACAGCAAACCAUAGCAACGACAUCGCUUCAACAGAUGCAACCACUGGCACUCACAACACCGGUGUCGGCUGACCACUCACUUUUCUACCAACAACAAAACCACAUUUCACAGCUUCAACAGACACUGCAACACAUUCAACAGGUUCAAAAGCAACAGGCAGUUCAAAUACAAAAGAAUCAACAGCUACAAGCGCAGUUCCAACAGAGUCAACUUCAACAACAGCCGACAACAAAGAAGAAGAAACCAUCCAACAAUUCGCAGUCGGUGCUACUGGCAUUGAGCCUGCCAGAGAUCAGAAAUGCACCGGUUGACUUUAACAACUCACAACUCGCUGACUUUAAACUUCUCAAUCUGCUUGGUUGCGGAUCGUUUGCAAAAGUGCGACUUUGUCAGCACAUGCCCACCAAACGUUUGUUUUGCAUGAAGAUACUCAACCAGAACAAAAUCAUUCGACUCAGACAAGAAGCUCAUGUAUGUAGUGAGAAGGAAGUACUCUUGGCAAUCGAUCAUCGAUUCAUUGUAAAACUGAAUAUGUUCCCGGUGGUGAGUUGUUUGAUCAUAUUCGAUCGUGCCGAAGCUUGUCUCUGA